CGCGAGAGGGUUUGGGGUGGGAUUUUUUUUUUUUUUGCAACCAUUUGCCUCUUGCAUUGGGCCUAGGGAAGCGGCGGUGGGUGCGUGCAGGGGGGGCCCGGCUGCCUGGCCCCCCAGUGAAUGCAAUAAACAAUAAUCAUCCUUCCAGGGGGCGAGAGAGGCGUUUCCCUCGGAGCAUGGGCGGACUGAGGCCGGGAGGCGGCGGCGGGAUCGGUGUUGCAAGAAGACCCCUUGGCAGCAGAUGGGAUUGGUGCCUUAUUUGAGGGUCUCCUGGGCAGUCCCGCUCCCCAGUUGUGCUGCUGUCGGGGGGGAGGAGGGGGGAGGAAGUUGCAUUGAUUAUUUUUGCCGCUGCUUUGCUCUCCCGGAUUCCCACACACCGAGGCGGUUUUUAAAUCUGGAGGAUUAUGCCUGGAAAAUCGCCCCCUCCCUCUAAGGAACCAACCCGUGCCGGCAGCCAGCUUCCCCGGAGCCGGCCUACAAUUGUGCCUUAACUUGUGCGUGUGUGUGGGGAGGGGAGCGGAGCUGUUUUUCUUGCGUUUGAUUCUCCCCCCCCCCCCCUUUGGAGGGGAAUCAGUGAUCAUCUGGGAUUUCCACCUCCAGCAAGUCAAUCCUGCCCCGACGGCUGGAUUUCCUCCCGUUGCAUGGGGAGAAGCGGCGAGCUGGUGAAGAACUCUCGGGCUUGGUUUUUAUUAUUAUUUGGGGGGCAGUUGCUUUGAGCCCCGGCCCGGCUUGUGUGUGCCUUCUACGCUGCCCCUCCCCCGCUCCCUGCCUUUGGAAAUUGGGAUGCUACCAAGUGAGUUUCAGGCGACGCUGACACUUCGCUCCGUGGGCUCGUGAUCCUGGAAGUGGGUUGAAAAUAUUGCUGCACACCUCACCUUGGAGGAAUUGUCAAUCUCUCUUCCCCCCCCCCCCCUUCAAAGAACAGAAGCCUGGGAUCUAGUGUUGUUUCGUUACUAAACAAAAGUGGGGACAACUGCCUGGUAUUUGCAGGGCCACAAAACCAUGUCUGCUAAAGAGAACCCCUGCAGGAAAUUUCAAGCCAACAUUUUUAAUAAAAGCAAAUGUCAAAAUUGCUUUAAACCUCGGGAAUCCCAUUUGCUUAAUGAUGAAGAUUUAAACCAGGCAAAGCCCAUCUAUGGCGGUUGGCUGCUGCUGGCACCAGAAGGGACGGACUUUGACAACCCUGUGCACCGUUCCCGGAAAUGGCAGCGCCGGUUCUUCAUCCUCUACGAACAUGGCCUGCUGCGCUACGCCCUGGAUGAGAUGCCCACGACCCUCCCCCAGGGCACCAUCAACAUGAACCAGUGUACGGAUGUUGUGGAUGGGGAGAGCCGGACGGGGCAGAAGUUCUCCCUGUGCAUCCUGACUCCCGAGAAAGAGCACUUCAUCCGAGCUGAGAACAAAGAGAUCAUCAGCGGGUGGCUGGAGAUGUUGAUCGUCUACCCGAGGACAAACAAGCAGAAUCAGAAGAAGAAGAGGAAGGUAGAGCCCCCAACCCCGCAGGAACCUGGCCCCGCUAAGAUGGCUGUGACCAGUAGCAACAUUCCUAAUGCAGAGAAGGUCCCCACUACCAAGUCCACCCUCUGGCAAGAAGAAAUGAGGGGCAAAGAUCAACCAGAUGGGAACAGUAGCAUCAGCCCAGCCCAGAGCCCCAUGCAGAGCCAGGCCAUGCCUGCCAGCUCCUUGAAGGAACCGGUGUUGGAAAGUAAAGAAGAUGAGAGCUCCAUGAAUGGCGACCGGAUAGACUGUGGGCGGAAGGCGCGUGUUGAGAGCGGUUACUUUUCCUUGGAGAAGACCAAGCAAGACUCCAAGUUGGAAGAGCAGCACUUGCCACCUCCACCGUCCCCUCCCAGCCCCAGCACCCCGAACAACAGGUACAGUUACCCCAAAUCACCCUCCCAGGAGCACAGCCACCCCUUUCCUUCCCCAGGUACCAGCUCAAACAACCGAAUGGUUUCCAGCUUCUCACUGAACUCCCUGGAUUCAAAGAGUACUUACCCCACGUACAAGGACUCCAGCAGCAGAGACGGGGGAAGGGGAGCAGAAAGAACGGACCGCUCCCUUUCCUUCAAAGCCAGUCGGCAGUACGCCACCCUGGCCGAUGUUCCCAAGGCCAUUAGGAUCAGUAACCGGGAGGCCUUCCAGGUGGAGAGGAAACGGCUGGAGCAGAGGACCCGGGCCCGCAGCCCUGGAAGGGAAGAGGUGGCCCGGCUCUUUGGCAACGAGAGACGGCGGUCCCAGGUAAUUGAAAAAUUUGAGGCAUUAGAUAUAGAGAAUGCAGAGCAUAUGGAAACCAAUGCGUCCGCAGGCCCCUCCCUUUCCAGCGAGACACGUCAGGGCAGGAGCGAGAAGAGGGUUUUCCCCAGGAAACGGGACUUCACCUCUGAAACUGCAGCAGUAGGAUCCAUCCUGGAAGUCUCCGCUUCCCCUUUGUCUCCACACCGUAGAGCAAAAUCACUGGAUAGAAGGUCCACUGAGUCCUCCAUGACGCCGGACCUGCUGAACUUCAAGAAGGGAUGGCUGACGAAGCAAUACGAGGAUGGGCAGUGGAAGAAACACUGGUUUGUGCUGACGGAUCAGAGCCUGAGAUACUACAGGGAUUCCGUGGCAGAGGAGGCAGCUGAUUUGGAUGGAGAAAUUGAUUUGUCUACAUGCUAUGACGUCACGGAAUAUCCAGUUCAGCGAAACUAUGGCUUCCAGAUCCAUACUAAAGAAGGGGAAUUCACCCUCUCUGCCAUGACCUCUGGGAUUAGACGAAACUGGAUCCAGACGAUCAUGAAGCACGUUCGCCCCACCGCUGCUCCAGAUGUGACCAGGAAAAACUUCUCUUUGAAACUAUCGGUGCUGAAGCCCAGCUCCUUGCCAGAAGAGAAAAGCAAAACCAGCUCCUCCUUUGAGACCUGUCCAAAGCCAAGUGAGAAGCAGGACUCGGACCAAGCUGAGAUGGAUCCUGAGCAGAAGCGGAGCCGUGCCCGGGAGCGCAGGCGAGAGGGGCGCUCCAAAACCUUUGACUGGGCUGAGUUCCGCCCCAUUCAGCAAGCCUUGGCGCAGGAGAGAGCCACUGCUGCAGAGCCCUCGAAGAGCAGCUCCACGGUCUUCCCCAGGGAACCCAGCGCUCCAGACGCAGACCCCGGGGAGCUGGAACGGGAGCGUGCUCGGCGGAGAGAGGAGAGGCGCAAGCGCUUUGAGAUGAUCGAUGCUGUUGAUGGGGCAGGCCCAGAGGACGUGUUGAGGAUGGAGGUGGACAGGAUCCCAGGUCUGCCCAUCACAGGGGAGGUGAAGCCACAGAACGUUCAUGUGGAGAUCGAGCAGCGAUGGCACCAGGUGGAGACGACCCCUCUACGGGAGGAGAAGCAAAUCCCCAUCAUGCCCCUGCACGUGGCCCAGCCGGACGACAGAGACGACGGGAUCCACAAGCAGCAGCUAACCUCACUGCUGGAGAAGGAGUUGGAGCAGAGCCAGAAGGAGGCAUCAGACCUCCUCGAGCAGAACCGGGUCCUGCAGGGCCAACUGAAGGUGGCACUGGGCCGGGAGCAGAGUGCCAGGGAAGGCUACGUGUUGCAGACCGAGGUAGCAGCCUCACCAUCGGGUGCCUGGCAGAGGCUCCAUAAAGUCAAUCAAGACCUCCAAAGUGAGCUGGAAGCCCAGUGCCAGCGUCAGGAGCUAAUCAAUCAGCAGAUCCAGUCACUGAAACGUAGCUAUGGUGAGGCAAAGGAUGUGAUCCGGCACCAUGAAGCCGAGAUUCAGAGCCUUCAGGCAAGGCUCAGUAAUGCUGCAGCUGAGCUAUCCAUCAAAGAGCAAACUCUGGCCAAGCUGAAGAGUGACUUAAAGAGUGAGAAGGAGAAAGCCAAAGAGCAGCUGGAGGAGUGGCAGCACAGCGAGACCACUCUGAGCUCCCAGUUAAAAGCCAGUGAGCAAAAGCUAAAGAAUGCAGAGGCAUUGCUGCUGGAAAAGACACAGGAGCUGAGGGAUCUUGAAAUGCAACAGGCAUUGCAAAGGGACCACCAGAAAGAAGUGCAGCGGCUCCAGGACAGGAUUGCAGACCUGAGCAGGCAGCUGAAUGCUAGCGAACAGGCUCGGAUCCUAAUGGAGGAGAAGUUGCAGAAGAAUUAUGAGGCUUUGUUGGAAAGCUGUGAGAAGGAAAAGCAGGUUUUAAUACAGAGUCUGAAGGAGGUGGAGGAUAAGGCCAGCGAGUACGAGAACCAGCUUCAAAACAAUGAGCAGCAGAUGGAAAUUCUUCAGAAAGAGAAACUGAACGCAAAAUUUGAAGGCAGCGAGAUUGUCCACCAGCUAGAGGAGCAACUGGAGAUGAAGGAGGCCAGCAUCCAGAAGCUUGCUGAAGACAUCAAGGAACUUGAAGGGGAGAGAGAUCAGAUCAAAUGUAGGUUCCAAGAGCUGAUGAAUCAGGUUGAAGAGUCCGAUAAUGAAGUUGCCAAGCUUCAAGCAAAGUUGAAAAUGGAGGAGACCAACUAUGAUCAGCUGGAGCAAUUGUACGAGAAAGUAUCAGAUCAGUUCCAGAGCGUGCAGAAGGUGCUGGAAGAAAAAGAGGAAGAGCUGAGACACGUUAAGGAAAUGCACUUGAGAAUUGUUGAAAAGAAAGAUCAAGAUCUCAAUGAGGCUUUGGUUAAAAUGGCAGCUUUGGGCAGCAGUUUAGAGGAAACAGAAGUAAGGCUACAGGCCAAAGAAGAGGUUUUAAAGAAGUUAGCUAAUGUGGACUCAGUACCAUGUGCUAAAGAGAGAGAGGACUUCUGCAUUGAGGCUGAUGAAAGUCACAUUUCAGACAUGCCAGCUCCUGAGGGGCUUACAGGUUUGAAUUAUGCACUAAAGGAGGAGGAUGCUGAACGUCCUGAGACCAGCCAGAGACAGGCUGGUGAGCAUACCAUGUUGAAUGCCGAAGAACUUAAGUCUCUGUUGAAGACUACAGAGCUUCAAGACCGAGAGCUACAGCAGAAAGCCUUAACGAAGCCUGAUAUAGGAACCCUAGGUGCCAAAAGGCAAAGAAUCCGCUUCUCAAACAUCCAGUGUCAAAAAUACAUCCAUUCAGAUGGGUCGGAGAAAAAUUGGACUAGUAGUACGUCUUCAGACACAAGCCAGGACAGAUCACUGUCUGAGGAAAGCAUGUCAUCAGAACCAGUUCUUGGUUACCCAGCCUCAGGAACCAGUGACUCUGAGACUUAUCUCUCAAUCAUCCAUUCCCUGGAAACCAAACUUUACAUCACGGAGGAAAAGCUCAAAGAUGUGUCCAUGAAGCUUGAAAGCCAGCAAGGCCAUAACCAGGAAACUCUGAUAGCCCUCCACCAUCAGUGGGCCAGCACAGAGUCUCAGCUUAGGGAACAGCUCCAAGCUAGCUUAUCCGAAGUUGGUGCUCUGGUUUCACAGCUGGAAAAUGAGAGACAGGAAAAGUUCAGAAUGAUAAAAAAUCAUGUCAAUGAGCUGGGAGACUUCCAAGUGAAAAAUGAUCAAACCCUGAUCUGUUUAGAAAAAUGCAGAGAACAGCUAAGGGCUUUACCCAAAUCUGACAAGGAGAAAGAGAGAGAUUUGUUUCUUACCACUCUGUCCAGCAUGGAAACCACCUUGUCAAAUGCAGUCCAGGUCUUGCAAGGGACACCCAUCUCCUCGGAUUAUCAGCCGAGCGAAAGCUGCGUGGCUCAAACUCCACCUGCAGAAGAGAGUUUUCUGGAGGAACAGAAACUCAUUUCGCAGCAGCAGCAAGUUGAAAUGUCUGAUGGAGACCAGUUAAGAUUGCUUUCUGAGAGGAUAGCAUUCGAAGCCUCCCUGAUCAACCAAAUAGCAGAAUCUUUGAAAAAUGCAAGCUCAGAGAUUUCCCAGAUUCUCAGAGAGAUUCAUGGGACAGCUGAGGUGGUUUUUUUAGAGCCGGCAAAUGUGUCACACACAGCAAUUGCCUUGGCCAACAUCUUAUCUAAGAAGCUGCUACUGGAAGGUGAAUUUUGGAGCCAGGUGGAAGAAUUGAGAAAGCAUUUAGGCACCAGAGAAGAGGCGGUAGAAAGCAAAACAGAAGCAGUUAGUUUUAGUUUUCCCCAAUGCCUUGUCCAAACAGUAGCUGAUGCUACGUUGAUCAGGGCAGAACUUGGUUUUGUUGCACAGAAGAUGCGAGAGUCUUUUCAUCAGAGGUUAAAAACAAUUGAAGAAGACCUCCACAAUACCAAAACAGCUCUCCAGCAACAUAAAUGCAUGUUGGAGGAAAUCAUCAAAGCAUACAGGACCUCUGAAUUUGACAGGGUUAUGCAUCAAAUUUCUGAAGCACUUGAAAUCCAAAAGGAUGCUUCAGAAAGAACCCAAACCUCUUGGGAUAGGAGCCACCUCAAGGAGAUGCCUUGUCAAGAUUCAGCCAAGAUGAUGCAGGCCCAUGGUUUGCCAGACCACAGUAGUGAAGCUCUUGUUGCCAUUCAAGAAGACCUUGCCCAACAACUAAAAGAAAAAGCAAAUGUUCUUAAAGAAAUAUCUGUUGCCUUACUAUCCUUGUCCCCUGAGGAAGCCAUACGCGAUUGCCAGAAGCUCCUAAAAAUUUCUCAAAGUCUUUCAUAUCAUACAUGCAUGGGAGAUCUUGAGCGCUAUUCAUCAUUGUUAGUUCAAGAUGCAAUUAUCCAGGCUCAGGUUUGUUAUGGGGCUUUCAAAGUUAGACUCGAGUAUGAAAGGGAGCUAAAGUUUUACAAAGAGUCUUUGCAAAACAUGGAUGCUCUGUGUCAAGAGCGCGUAAAGACCGUGUCCGCCCUUCGUGAGGAGUAUGAAGACUUGCUUCGAAAGCAGCAGAGUGAAUAUGCCGAGAUGAUCGCCAUCAUUGAAAGAGAGAAUGUAGACCUUAAGGCAAAAGUCUCUCAGCUGGACAAUCAGCGGAGGCUCUUGGAAGAAGAAGAGCACAAACACAGCAAAAACUUACGCGAGUUACAAGGCAGGUAUGAGGAGGAGAUGCAAAAUGUGAUUGAGCAGUUGAAUAGGACGGAGGACACUCUGAAGGCAGAGAGAACAGAGGGCCUAAAUCAACUUGAUGCCAUCGUCCGAGAUAAGCAAAACAUGGAGACGUAUCACCUUGAGCAAAUGCAAAUGUUGGAGGAAAAGUUCCAGGCCAAGAUAAAGGAACUACAAACCAUCCACAAUGAGGAACUGCAUACUUUGCAGGAGCAUUACAACCAGAACCUGCAGUGCUUACAGGAAACACUAGACAAUUACCAGAGGCAGCACCCAGAAGCCUUGCCUUCUGAAGGGUCUGAAACCAGUGAUGGGAAUGAGUGGGCAACAGAUCAGCCCGAGGGUGGGAUGCAGGUCUCCGAGAGCGAGUUAAACUCCAUGCACGGGUUGAGAGAGCGCAUUCAAGAGCUGGAGGCCCAGAUGAAUGCCAUGAGGGACGAGCUGGAGAACAAGCACGUGGAGGGGAAUGCUUCAGCACUGAGGGAAAAAUACCAGAAAGACUUUGAGAACCUGAAGGCGACAUGUGAACGUGGGUUUGCGGCCAUGGAAGAGACGCAUCAGAAGAAGAUUGAGGAUCUGCAGAGGCAGCACCAGCGGGAACUGGAGAAACUGCGGGAGGAGAAAGAUCGCCUGCUAGCGGAAGAAACAGCCGCUACCAUCUCGGCCAUCGAAGCCAUGAAGAACGCCCACCGCGAGGAGCUGGAGAGGGAGCUGGAGAAGACCCAGCGCUCCCAGAUCAGCAGUGUCAACUCGGAUAUUGAGGCCCUCAGGAAACAGUACUUGGAGGAGCUGCAGUCGGUCCAGCGGGAACUGGAAGUCCUUUCGGAGCAGUACUCCCAGAAGUGCUUGGAGAACGCUCAUUUGGCCCAGGCCCUGGAGGCUGAGAGGCAGGCCCUCCGCCAGUGCCAGCGAGAGAACCAGGAGCUCAAUGCACACAAUCAGGAGCUGAAUAACCGCCUGGCUGUGGAGAUCACACGGUUACGGACCGGGGAGGGAGGGGGAGAGGCUGCUGGCUCGCCUCUCACGCAGGGCAAGGAUGCCUAUGAGUUAGAGGUCCUAUUACGGGUCAAGGAGUCAGAAAUCCAGUACCUGAAGCAGGAGAUCAGCUCCCUCAAGGAUGAGUUGCAGACGGCAUUGCGGGAUAAGAAAUACGCCAGUGACAAGUACAAAGACAUCUACACGGAGCUGAGCAUCGUGAAGGCCAAGGCAGACUGCGACAUCAGCAGGUUGAAAGAGCAGCUGAAGGCAGCCACAGAAGCACUGGGCGAGAAAUCCCCUGAGAAUACCACUGUGUCGGGAUACGAUAUCAUGAAAUCAAAAAGCAACCCUGACUUCUUGAAGAAAGACAGAUCCAGUGUUAGCCGGCAACUAAGGAAUAUCAGGUCAAAGUCCGUUAUUGAGCAGGUCUCAUGGGAUAACUGAAAUGAACAAGAGUCCAGGUUCCCUGUCACGUAGAGUCUGAAGGAAGGCCUGACCGUGCAAGAACGCUUGAAGCUCUUUGAAUCCAGGGACUUGAAGAAAGACUAGUUCUCCCCCUUCAGCUUGAACACCUCCCAGCUUGCGAUCGCACGGCACGAGCACCGCGUGUUCCUAGUUCCUUAUGAUCCUCUGUGCUGUUGUUCGUCUCGAUGCUCCCGAUCGGACUGAGUGCGGCUGGCGGUUCUUCCCGCCCCUGGCACCUUGAUUCCACAGCUCCUUUCCCCGCAUCGCGAGAUGCUUCAGAGACUCUGCGAGGGAGAGGAGGGGAUGGAGUUCUGCCCCCUUUGGCUCCUUCCUUCACUGUAAACCAUUACACUAAGUGUCAGUAUUAAGGCUCAGCAGCCUGUCGAUAAGCUAGCUCUGUCAUACCGACUGCUUUGGUUUAGAAUGGCCUGGCUGGCAUAGGCCAGACCCAGCGCUACAGCUGUUUGAGUGACCCCGGUGCUCAGUCACACACCGUGAGCCUGUCCUCUGAGCUUGCGUUCCUUGCACCUCCGGGGAAAAGCCUGUGGUCAAAACGUCAGGAAAGGCAGGUCCGUUUGUGUCGGAAGCAGCCCCAUCCGUCAGGUGUGUGCUUGGGUCACAGCACCAACAGCCCGCCAGCUGCCGGAGAAAAAUGAGGGGAGUCUGCUGGGAGCGUGGCCAGGGUUUGGGCUCCGUUCUCCCAACCCACAGCCCCAGCAGGCCUCGGCCUUGGCUUGUUUUCAGGCUGUUACAGCCAGAGCGUUACAGAUGUUCGUUAAAUGCAGAUUUCAACAAAACCUGCCCCGAAGGCCCAUUUCCUGUCUUCCUAUCAUGCCCGUGCCCUGAUUAAUGUGCUUCCAGGGACCGAGCUGCAGGGCCUGUCUACCCAAAUCCAUCCCAGCUACAGCCAGCCCCCUCCAGCCACUCUCCCCUUCUUCCCAUCAACCACUGGGUGUGAGAGCUUCCCUGCCCGUUCUGAGGGGGGAAGACAGAGCCCGCGCUAGCUGCGAACACACACAGCUCAGUCCAAAGGCAGCUCCCUGAUUUCAGCUCCUCUCACCAGCCAACAGCUCCGGUUUUAAUACUUUUAUCUAUGGCUACAUUUUACUUUUCAAAGCUCUUCUCCAAAGUACGAGUCUCAGAACUCGCCUGUUCUCCAGACCACCCAUAUUGCACCUUCCCAGGACAGCUUCCUGCCUGCUCCCAGCUCCUGAAUGAGGAUCACUCUUAAAAGUCCAUUUAGCAACACUGCGCAGCAAGAGACCACUGGAGUGAAGUAAAAGUGAGUGAGGGAAUUGCGGGAACCCAGCGGUGGAGGUGCAGCAUUAAACCAGUGUAGCUUGGCAAAGGCGGGGGGAGAGAGUAUCUCUCGUCCUGUAGGUCCUCGCUCAUCUCCGCAGUGGCUACGGCCGUGCUAGCAACAGCAAGCACAUACUUUCUCCCCUGUACGCCUCCUUGCUUCUGUACCCUGCAUCACUGAUUGACAAGACAACUCCUGCCUCAACUCUGAGACUAGGGCCUGUUCCAACACGAGCAGUUUCUAACUGAGCUUGGCUAUCUAGUGUGGACAGGCCUAAAUCACAUUGGACUGUGCCCUUGACUCUGUAGGGAGCCAGGCUACUGCCUCUCUCAAAUUGUGUCUAAACAUGGCUCCUUGCUAGCUGUGCUUGUUUGGCCAGCUUGGUUAAGGGGUAGUGCCCCUCAUUAGCGCUGCCCAGCACUCUGAUGCCCUUUGCCCCAGGAAUGCUCAGUGUAGUCUGGAAGGCUUGUGCAGAGUGGCGGCCAUGCCUGACCCUGGUAGCAUGCCAGGCCAAUGGGGGAGUUUCUAGCCUGCUUUGACAAUGGUUGGACAAUCCACCUGACUUUCCUUUGUGACUGUGGAACCACUGGCUAAAGCAGGUUUGAAACUCAUUUCUGGUCUCUCCUGUCGGCCACCCAUGUUGCCUCGGUCCCCAAGGAUCUCCCGCCUUGCCAAGAUGGCUGCCGCCAGCUUGGGACUUGGUGAUUCUCGGCAGUCCUCUUAGCUCUGCCUUCCUGGUGAGAGGAGCUGCUUGUGUCCCCCACAGAUACCCAAAAAGCACAUUGAGUUCUCAGCUUAGUUGGUGGCUGGGGGCUGUUUAAAUAAGUCCCAUCACCUCCCCAACCCUGCUCUCAAAUUUCACCCAGAGCCGCAUUGCUGAAACCCCUCACUAGUGACUGUAUUGGUGAUGCUAAGUAAUGGGUCCCCCCAACCUCCAGUGGCCAUGGCAGUGGCCUGCCUUCCAGCCGAGGAGGCCUAAAUGUGACUCCCUCCCUCAGUGUUCUUUAAUCAGCCAGAGGGGACGCUGUUUAGUCAGAGGAAGCAUUCCCUCCCUGCCCCAAAUUCUGACCCACUCUGCAGGGCCUGAGCAUGUUACUGGUAGAUUCUGCUCAUUCUGUUCUUGGAAGAUGUCAAAGCUCUCUGCCUGAUUCAGCUUCUGCUUAUCCCUGUAGCUCCAUUGGCUUCAAUGUGGUUCCUCAUUCUCACCACCAUGAGAUCAAAACCAGGCCCAGGAUGAACACUUGAGGGCCAAACUCCGAUGGAGCUGGGGAAGGGGUGACUUCAGUGGGAGCUACAAGCAGCCAAGGGCAAUGUGGUCUUUGGGUUGAACUCUGGAGCCCCACAAGCUCUGAGGGGACAUGUCUCGCAGGCCAGUGGGGAUGUUGGUGCUGUGACACAGGUUGCAUCUGGCUCUAGAUACUGCCAGGGGAGGGGUUGCUCACCUGCUGUGUUCCCUAUACCAUGGGGCCCUCCACAUGCAGACCCAGCUUGCUCCGUCCUUGACCUUUCCUGGUCUUCUCACAUCAGCAACCACCAGAAGAGAACAUCCCUUUGUUCUUAUGCUCCAUCCCCGCCUGGUUGGGGGUGGAGGGUGUCUGCCCUCUGCUAGCUUUCCAACCCUGAAUUCUCCGCUCAGAUGGUGGAGCCUAUGGGACACAGGCAUGGGUAGCAUGAAGUCCUUCAGCGUUGGGAUUUCUCCUCCCUCACCUCACAAGAGUCCACUUGAAUGUGACAUUUCCAAGGAGAACACACCCCAGCCUGUGCUCCCUUGGAGUCUGGUGAGGGCUUCUUACUCCUAAAUCAUCUGAGCAAGGUGUGUUCUGUUCUCCUGUUGGAAAAGCCACUUCUCUCUCUCUCUCUCUCUCUCUCUCCCCCCCUUCGGCCAUCUGGGCUCCGAGCUUCUUGCUACCCAACGAGCUAAUUGCUGCUGCUUUGUUCGCUUCUUUGGGUUAUGAUCAGUUACUUUAAGGGUGAGAAGUGAAGGUCACACGCCUUUUCUCCAUUUCGAGUUGUAUGCCAGGGAGAUGGAGGCUACAGGAUGGUGCUGUAGAUACCCAUGGUCUGAUGCCCUUUGUGGUACAGUUUCAUUGCACUGAGCCUCAAAGAGAUCCUGAGAGUGAUGCUCCCAGGGGGUUGAAGCCACCUUUUUUCUGCUGUGCACUUCCCCAAUCCAGCCACUCUUCUCUUGAGGCUCAGUCUCUCUCUGCUUGGACCAGGAAUUCUCAGUGAGUUUUUGGGAUCUCUUUUUUUUUUUUUUUUUUUUACCUCUGCAUCUAUCCAGAUCCUGAUUUCAUAAUGGUAGAGGAGGAAGUGUAACCACACAGAUGUAGAUAUCCUUAGGAUGAUGCUGUGCAGAGCUGGCUUGGAGGAAGGGUUGCAGCAUGCUGGUGGACAGCUUGGUGGUGUUUUUGGCCAUGCAUAUGGCGGAGGUGGAGAGGGGAAACUGUGGUUGAAGUGGGGCCUGUCUUUUCCAUCUUUUGACCCAGAUGGUGUACAUGGGUGAGGACAUGGGGAAAGGCACUGUGGUAUGUUUUCAAAGUGGAAGCACUUAGAUAGUAGCUAGUACAAAAGGAGAGCAGGGAGAGAAGCGUGUAAAGCAGUGGAAUAGCAAGCCACGUAAUAAGAGGUGGUAUUGAAGAAAUGGUAGAUCCAGUGGGUUGGUCUGAACAGCUUUCUGCUUGUGCUCUAGUCCCAGAAUUAUCCUGUACAGGGUCCCAAGGACUGAGGCAGAGAAGAAAACUGCUUAGAGGAAGAGAAUCUUUUAUUUGAUGGGUUUCUUAGCCCAUUAUCCUUUCUCAUGUGCACAUACCCCAAGCGAAAGACUGUAAUUAGGGAAGCUUUGAAUAGCCCAUGUCAAUUUCUUCUCUUGAGGAGAUGUGCAUAGUCCUAUGAAAGUCCUGGGACCUGGCUAUGAUGGAUGAGACACUGCCAGUAAAAGACUUAGGCAAGAUGUUUGUUCAAGCUAGCUGGUAUUUUUUCUUUAAGGCUGGUAUAUCUUUAUUUCCUACCUUACUGCAAACUCGUCAUCCUGUGACCUCCAUCUUCCUGGGUCAGUGGAUCAGCUUAAAAGGAUUUGCUUCAAGGUGUGCCAGGACUAAUGGAUCAGCAGAAUCUGAACUUGUGGGAACGGAUCUGUCAGUGAAGGUUUGCGACAGGGGAUCUUCGGAUGAUGCAUCUUGGCCCACUUUUCUGGACCUACAUACUGCCCUUAAAAGCUAACUAGACAUGCAGUUUCACUGGGAUGAAAUGGAGCCACAGAUACCAGCUGUAGCCAAAACAAAAAUCCAGUGUUGCAAGAAAUGAGCUCCUCUGGGGAGGACAUAAACACCGUGCAUGGAGGGGUGAUUGGGACCACCCUUUGGUGUAUAUUUUUUAAAGCUUCUAAGAACCUCUAACCGGCCAAAUAAGUGUUUGUUUUGCUGAACUUGUUCUAAAAUAUUAUUUAACACCUAAACAAAGGGUCUCGUACAAACAUUUGUUAUAUACUGUCCCUUGUAAGAGCAGGUGCGUUCUGAAGCAGACACAUCUCCAAAGAGGGACUGAAGCUUUGUUUUUAAUGUUUUUCUGCUGUGCACAAGGUAUGCGCUCUAAAGUCAGUUGUUCAGGGGGGCAGAAGAGCAGCUGGCUCUGUGCCCAUCUGUGCAGCUUCUCCAUCCCAUCAGACUGCCGCGCUCCCAACUGGAAUAAACAUUGCAAUAACUGAGACUUCCAGAGGUCAAGAACAAAAAGCUGAGGCGCAAGCACGCACUUCUGUUCUCUCUGAUGUGCUGGCAGAGGCCUCAUUGCUGUUUUGAUGGGCACCUACCUGAGCUGGGAGGAGCCGUCGUCGAAGUAUUAGGCAGUGUGUUCACCUCUACUCCACCCCCAGUAAACACAGAGAUCUACCACAGGUAAAAAAAACUCUUAGCUGAGUGCAAGGUUCUGUGGUUCACCCCAGUUCUGCCUUCUGCUUCAGGCUUCAUCUUUCUCCAUGAGGCUAGAAAUCCGUGUUUCUCAGAUUGAACUGAGGAGGAGGGUGGGGGGCAUAGCAAGAGAACCCAGCCCCUUUGCCCAAGACACUUUCUGAUUCCAUCUGCAUCUUCCUGUGUGUGUGUAUGUAAGAGAGAGAGAAACAGCAGAGGAUUUUCCAAUUCACUUUUCCUCCGGCUGUGUUCCAGGCACCCUUCAUACACGACAGGGCAAAUUGGCAUGGUAGCUGUCUCGCUUGCAGUGCUCCUGAAGGGAACAGUAUAUACAGUGUGUGAAUACAUAUAUAUUGCAAGCAGCUGCAUUUUAUAAAGUCCUACACUAUGAAAAGUACGAGAAUGUGAGGUCUAAUAAAACCAAGUUCAAAAUAGCCGUAGAAACGUAUAAACUUUCUAAUUGCUUCCAAAGUUUUGUCUUUUGUGGAGAAUUUUUCAGCCAUUUUUUUUCUUUCUGGAAACAAUUAGAUUUAAGUCCUUUUUAACUGUGAUUUCCCCUCCCCCCCCCAUAUCCAUCUAAGAGGGGGAGCAAUUUUUUUUCCCCAUUUGCUUCAAAAGCAGAAUUUGUGCUGAUGUGCAAAACACAACAAGGCUAUUUUUCUGUAACCGGUUGAAUGGAGUGCAUUUAAGCAGUCCUAAGCAUUGUAAAAUGUGUCACUUUUGUAACGACUAUAUACUUGAUUGGAAUUCCACUAGACCUUUGCAUUUUUGUGGUUCAUAUACAGUACUUAGUUUGUUGUGAACACUUAAGCACAUGCACGCUCAGUGUAGCUUGCCUUUACUUUGUAAUUUUUUCCAUUUUUUAAAAAAAAAAGCUUUGUUAUUCUCUUUAAAAUAAUUUAAAACCUGUAUAGUAUUCAAAGCACGCAAUGUAAAUAUUUAUUACUCAGAAGUUAGCGGAGGGUUUUUGUGUGUGUGUGACUAAGUUCUGUUUUUUGGGUUUUUUUUUUUUUUAAUCUUGUUCUAAUACAGAUGUCCCUUUUGGGAUUGGAAGAGAUUUGAGUGUAAGAUGCUGAACCUACCCUGUGUUCUCUUAUUAGAAUGUUUUUUGAUGACUGUUAUAAAUAUCUUUUAAAAUUCUCUGACCUGUACCUUUAGCUUUGAAGAUACCUGUCCAAAGAAUGUGUCCAGUCUGUUUGAGAACUGUUAAUCCUAAAGCGCUAUAAAUUGUUUUUUCCAUUGAGAAUUCAGUAAUCUUGUAUUUGAUAGUGGCAUUAACACCCUGUGAAUGUGCAAAAUUGCUAUCUAUAUAUAGAAGUAGUAACUACUGUGUGACUAGAGCAUACACAGAUAUCCUUGCACGAUAACUUAGGACUGUUGCAGUGAGUGAACUAAGGUUCCAGGAUCCUAGUGUAUAAUUGUCUAACUCACUUAUGCAUCAGCAUUGAAACUACUCUGUAAGGCUACAUGGAAUUUACAAGGGAACGAUCUCCUAGCUGUGCAGUUACAUAUUGUACAACAGCAUGGAAGUUUACUGUAACUUACAAUGAUAUGUAAGUAACUGUUUAAAAUAUAACUUUCAAUACAUCGUAGUUACUACUGAGUUGCACUUAUGAUGUGAUCCCUACCACUGUAAUACAGAGCAUUUCUUAAAAGUGGCUGCAGAAAUAUUGUUGUGUGACUGGGGAAGGACACUGAAGAGACACGAGGGCUGAAAACAAAGCUGUCAGCUCUAGUGGUUUAACUUGCCGCAGCCUGCACUUUAAGAGACUACUAGAGGAGAAUGAGGGGGCAGCAGGCAUUAGCAGAAACCUGACUAGCCUUUGAAUUGGUACCAACAGCACUAACCCUCCUGGCCACUGACAUUAGUUUAGUGCAAUCACAAGCAAUUCUUUCAUCACCCUUCCUGUCUACCUACACCAUGAACGUGUGCUGGAUGGGGCAGGAACACUGACUCUUUGCUCUAAUCUAGAGAGCAAAUUAUGUUGCAAAAUACUGAAGACUUUGACUUGUAGCAAAUAGAUGAGGAUUUAGUCUUUGAUACACAUUCACCCUUUUGGGACCUGGAGUUUUGGGUUGACUUGAGAUUUUAAACUUUGAGGGUGGGGGGCAACAGAGGGAAACUAUGUAUUUGAAUGAUAACUGUGAAGUGGCAAUAGACACCCUCACUUCACACCACCAACCCCAUCAGAAUUGAGGGACUGCCUUAGCUCUGUCCUGUGCAUGCCUUCAAUCAGCGGCCCCAGUCCAGGGAGAUGAGUUCCCGACUCAAAUGCGCACACCUUCCACUACCAGCUGAGUUGCAAGAGCUUCAGUCCCUGGUGGAGAUGGAAAUAGAAAUCAUGAUUAGUUGUGGUUUAUGGUGAACACCCAAGAGUCAACCACAACAUCUCCAGUUCCUGUGAUGAUGCAAGACAGAGAGAGCCACCUGUCCAACCUGCAACCUGACUGCAUGGUGUUAAUGGCAGCAGAUCAAACCUAGAAGAUUGUGUAACUUACUUCCUGGGUUGCUACUGUGGUGGUGAGAGACUUGUGCAUCCGCCUCAGAACUAGCACAAAACAGGGGUGGUGACCAGGGAGAAGUGGCAGCUGUGUUCCAUCAGGCUGCAGGUCUGAAUGGUGUGCAUAAGGGGACGGUUCCACACACCUCACCCAGCAAUGGAGUGAUGUGUCAGACCUGAUCCAUUUCCUCUUGCAAAGGUGAAUGCACACGCCUUUUGAGGCCCCUGUGAUACUGAGUAUGAGUGGAAUCUUUUUUCUCUCCCCCCCACCCCUUUGCUUUUAUUUCAGUGCUUUAAAAAAAAAGCCGCUACUCACUGUAAUAGAAGCAUCACUUUGGUCACAAUAUUUAUUCCUUACAAAUCUUGUGUGACAUGCUAGGUUCCCAUGGAUGUAGCUGAUAAUUUUUAUUUUGUAAAUAUAAUUACUUAACUUUACAUAAACUAUAUCGUAAUAAACUAUUUUUGCACCACC